UCAGAGCGGCGUGCGCCUGGCGAGACAAAGGCGGUGGACCAGGGUCAGGGAACAGCAGAAAGAACCAAGAAACACUGUAUAUUUUUACUAAAAGGUAAUUAUUUACCUUGAAAUUCAACUGUAGGCUUCUAGUCGACACGCAUAAUGAAGACCCGGUGAUGCAACUCGAAAUACGGCUUGGGUAGAGUAUUAAAAAAACAACAACAACAGUGUCCUCUUUUCGUUUUUAAACGUUUUUCUCCAACGCCCCCAAUUUAGCGUGCUAGCAAGCUAACCCUGCUAGCUGUUAGCGCACACUGGUCGCCUCCUCCUCCCGGCUGCUUCUCAUCUUUCCUCCAAGAAUUGGCGAGAAGAGAGAGGGGGACCUCGUCGAGAACGGGAAGAUAACGGUGCCCUCAACUCCCCAACUUAACAGGCAAUAUCCGAGAUCUGAUGUGAGAUCCACGGAGACUAUGCCUAGCCCUUUAUUCCACCCCGAGAUUAUGGACCACGACAUGGUAGUCAGCAGCCAGCACAACGGGGUCGGUCUGCCCCGAGAAACAGACCAGGAAUCCAGGGAAGAGGAUCACCAAGAGGCGCUUCGCUUCGCCCUGGACCAGCUGUCACUCAUGGCCCUGGAGAAGGUGGACUGUGGGGGCGGUGGGGGCGGACUGGUCGACCCGCUCGACGGGACCCAAGGACCGGGCUCUGAGAGUUGCAACGGUGUGGGUGGAGGAGGCUAUGUGGACCUUCAGAUGCUGGAGCAUCCUAGUGGGUCCCGGGACUCCCCGACAUCCUGCUCCCCAUCCCCAGAGUACUACGGCUCGGGCGGCUACCACAUGGCCGGCUCUCACUCCAUGCUCCACGGGGAACAAAGCUCCGUACUCUGCAGCCGAAAAAGAAGUGUCAACAUGACUGAAUGCGUGCCUGUCCCGAGCUCUGAACAUGUUGCUGAAAUUGUGGGGCGGCAAGGUUGUAAGAUCAAGGCCUUGCGUGCCAAGACAAACACCUACAUAAAGACCCCAGUUAGAGGUGAGGAUCCAGUAUUCAUCGUGACAGGACGUAGGGAGGAUGUGGAGAUGGCUAAACGAGAAAUCGUCUCUGCCGCUGAGCAUUUCUCUAUGAUCCGGGCGUCCCGAUGCAAGGCUGGUGCUGGGCCAGGGGGAGGGGGCUCCCUUCCUGGACCGCCCCACCUGCCAGGGCAGACCACCAUACAGGUGCGGGUACCUUACAGAGUUGUUGGUUUGGUUGUUGGACCAAAGGGAGCUACCAUCAAGCGCAUACAACAGCAGACUCACACCUACAUUGUGACACCCAGCCGAGAGAAAGACCCAGUGUUUGAGGUGACUGGUAUGCCAGAGAACGUGGACCGUGCCAGAGAGGAGAUUGAGACUCAUAUCACCCUGCGGACAGGAGCCUUUGUGGAUCUUCAGGGAGACAAUGACUUCCACCAGAACGGGACUGAUGUCAGUCUAGAAGGCCUGGGCUCCCUGAGCGGAGGGCUCGGAGCAGCUCUGUGGUCCAGGGCUACUAGCCACCAUUCUGCACCCCCUCCUCCGCCACCCCCUCCCCCUCCCCCUCUUCCAAUGGCUAUGCACCAUUCAUCCAGCCGGAAGAUGUCGUCCACAGCCUCCUACCACACACACAAUGGCGGGAUGAGCUCAGAUAGCUACAGCACCACACGCAAGGCCACCGAAGGAGGUAGCCCUACUAGUCCAUUUAGCACAGGCUCCAGCAGUGCUGGAGGAGGAUUCACUUUUGGGGGAGACUCAACCCCAGGGCUGUCCUCUUCAGAUGAGCUGGGCUUUGAGUUCAGUGCUUCCAACAUCUGGGCACCUUUUGUCAAUGGUGGAACAGGCAAUAAGACAGCCAGUACGUCCCAGCAGCAGCCUCUGCGUCGUAAUAGCAGUGGCCUGAGUGGUGGUGCCAUCACACCAAGAUUGUCUCCAACCCUGCCUCAGGACACAGGCGUGAGCCCCCUGGAUCAUCCAUUGGCCCGCCGUGCCCAGAGCGACCCCCUCAGCACUCUAUCCUGGCUACAGUCUGGCAACACAGGUGGCGGCUCCUUCUCUGGAGCUUCCAGCUCCAGCUCUGGAGGUUCAUCCACCGGCUACUCCUCCUGUUCAGCCUCCUCCUUGCCUGGGGGCUCUCCCACUGACUCCGAGGGAGGCAGCAGUGGGGUGGGCCUGAGCUCUGGCAUGUUGGGCCGGCUGAAAGGUGGCUCUGGCCCAGGGGUUGCGGGUCUCGUCGGUGUUAGCCCUGGUGUCAAUAGGGACUGCUUUGUGUGUUUUGAGAGUGAGGUGACAGCAGCCCUGGUGCCUUGUGGCCACAACCUGUUCUGCAUGGAGUGUGCCGGGCAAAUCUGCCAGUCAGCCGAGCCAGAGUGCCCUGUCUGUCAUACCCCCACCACACAGUGCAUCCGCAUCUUCUCCUAAUGCCAGCGGGGGACAGGGAACGAGGGCAGUGCCACCUGGGGAUGAGGAGGGGAGGUAUAGAACUUGAGUUGUCUUACUAUCUACAAGACUAGAGUAGGACAUCAACUGUGGAGGAGCGGACGGAGGGACUUACACUAAUGACCUUCACACACACAUAUGAUGGACCAUAAUAAAUGCAUUAAUAGAGAUGAUGAUACUAUACGGAUGUUAAUUAUUGGUGAUAACUAUGUCAAGAAUAAUAACAGUAAUAAUAUUGACUUUUUCUGAGUGAGGUUAUUUGAAACUGUUCUGCAGACAGGUGGGGCUCAGACAGUCUCACGGUGGGAACUUAUGGAAGGAAACUAGUGUCUUAUCUCUCUUCAGGCCUUCAUUUUGACCUGGACCAGUCUGCACAGCGUGACAUAGUUCAGGCUGCUGGCGGCUGGUCUGUCUCUACGUUUCUUCAUUCUGGCUUCUUCAGAUCUCUGCCUGCUUUCUCUCACAGCCUUUCCUUUUGACACUUUUGUACUUAACAGAUAUUUUUCGAUGAAGCUGUCAAUGAGGCCUGCACUUUUCUACUCUUUAUUUUAAUGUUCUUGACAGGAUGCAAACAACUGUUAACCAAUCCCUUGCUUUCUCCUGUGCUCUCACUCAUGCUGUUUGUAACAUUGCGCAGUGGGUUUGCUAUUUUUCUGUAUGCUUGGAACUUGUUUAAGGUUGGGCAUGUAGUCAGGCACCUAGCAGCCCGAUGCACCCGUGGGACCUCUAAAGGAUAAUUUCUUGUUGCUACAGAAACAUUAGCGAAAUUUAGUCAUCAUUAGUGAUAAAUUAAUGGGAUCAAUAGGGGCAAACACAAGGUAUCUCUUAAUUCUUGAUCAAAUUACCUUAAAUCAAUGACAUUUUUUUGUACGCUAAAUUAGUAGAAUCUUCCCCACAUUUUAAAUGUGGUUGGCCCUGUGACUCACAUUAAUUAUCCUUUAAUGACUAAGAAACGUAACAUUAAUGAUAUUGAAGGAAUGUGUCUGAGGUCAGCUUCUGUGUACCUUUAGGAUGCCUGACAAUCCAUUCACAUCUCUUUUGUGUGCCUGUGUGUCUGCGUGAGUGUUUGGGGUAGAUUUUAAUAAUGUAUACCCAGUCAUGUUUGGCAUAUCGGGCUAUUUCACACAUUGGCAUUAUUGUGUGUCCUCAAGAUGAGAAGGUCUGGUUUUUGUCCUGCUCUCCCCUCUCCUUCACCCUCAGAGUCUAGGGAAGCCAUCCAUCCACACCGGGACAUUUGCCCCAGUCCUCUCGGUUCCUCUAUCUGUUACACUUAGAUUGGGUUAUGUAGUGUUUUCUAAUAGUUUUUUGACUCUUGACUGUCAAGUUGUGUGGCUAACUGACAUAUUUUGAACUAUAGGAUAAGAUAGGGCUUUCUGAUGUCACACACGUGAAUGUCUUGUCCAAUAGGGGUCUUGGUUAAGGGGAGGUGGCUGCCCCUCCCACAUAAAACAGUAAUAAGGGGCUAGAUUGAGCCAUUUUUCAUGCACUGCAACUCCCAGCCCCUCUAAAAAAGAAAAAAAAAAAUUGAAAAAAGAAAAAAAAAAGCUCUUACUGUUUUUUUUUAAGUUUGGUCUUCCACCCCCACUCUCACAGCAAAGCUGUAUGGCACUCUCAAAUGACACUCUGUUAUACCCCAUAUAGAGCUGUACUCUCGGCCAAAUGUAGUGCACUAUAUGGAUAGUUAUUUGAGAUUUGUCCUGUGUUUCAUAGCAUAACUUGAGUAACUCCUCAUAAGGUGGUUACAACCUGUUUUGUGUUAGUGUUUUUUAAUUCAUUGUGAGUUCGCAGUAACUGCCUCCUGUAGUGUUUAUAUGUAUGAUUUGGACGUAAGUGGGUUUUGGUGUGACUGUAUGGUUGCUGUUAGUAGCCCUUUCGAACAUACAUGGAAUCAGCUCAUAGAAUGAGACAAGCCAUGACAACAGAAUUAAAAUAACAUGACUAAUAUGCUCAAGGGCUUCCUCUGACAUUACAUUUUCAGGCUCACACAGUAGAAAGAAAAAUCAAGUUCUCCUAUAUGGCAGCUAGUAGCUAGGUCAUCCAGGGCUUCCAGACACUCUUGUGUUCAAAUCCCAGCAGCUGCAGAAUGUUUUACUUGUUUUUUGGUUUUUAUUUUUAUUUUCCCUAAAUUGGUAUGUCCCCACACAGUCAUGAGGUCAUCACCUGGUCCUCAGAUCACAUCCAGAUGAAAAAAACUAUAGGCCGAUGCAUUCUCCUCCCUGGAUUUUACAGCAGAUUAGAAAUGGUUGUGCGUUUUUAGUUAUCAUGGAAAGAUGGGUGUAUCUAAAUCAGUAGAUCGUUGUCAUAGCUACAGAGUUGAAAAUCUAAUUGGCAGUUGCUGCUGUGAUUAUGGUGCUCCAGCCAGUAUGAUGUUAAACUCCUUCGCUGUGCGCUUGUCCGGAUGCCUGACUGUUGAUUUCCUACUUAGUUGACGAGGGCAGCAGCUCCACAUAGGAAUCUAAUAAGCCCACUGUCCUGGUUGAGCACAGCGGUACACUGACUUGUCUGUCCACACAUGUGGAGGGAAAUAAACCCAGGAGCUGAACUAGUAGUCUUUUUGAAGACUAGCCAAUGGUGCUUUGGUGCAACUCCCUACUGAAACACAUCAGCGAGCAAACCCGCUUCUUACGUAUGGUAGUGCAGGGGCAUCGAGUCCCCAGACUAACUUCUCCAGUGCACUGUAGAACUGGCAACCCUGUCCUCAUUCUUGUUGCCCCUGUGUGGGACUGUUCUGUUGAAACUGGCAACCCAUCCCUCCUGGGGUCUGAUGUCAAAUGUUGCAUUUUGUCUCUACUUCUGCAGACUCAGAAUUGAUGCAGGGGUGUGAAUGUGUCUAAAUGAACAGAUAAUGACUGUUGUGUGAGUCUGUGUUGAGGCCAAUCUGAAGCCCUUCUGAGAACUGUCCAAGUUGACUUGUUCGAGAAAUAAAAUGUGUUUAAUUUUGCCAGAUGGGUCUAAUGUAAGUUCUGGUGUUGCACCAGGAUCUCUCUGGCCCAUGGGAGAGUGUGUUAGGGUAAUGUACAGUAGCUUAAUCGUUAAAAGGUACAAAUUUUCUCAGAUUGACUGCUGAUUUUUAUUUUUUAUUUUUUAGCCAGACUUAUCCCAUCCCCCAUUUCCUUCCUAAAUGUUUGAAAACAGGGUUUCCUGAGGCAUGCUAGCCAGUGACCUCUGACCUUUUUUGUGAUUAGAGGGGGAUGUGAAGAGAGCGCGCCAGUUGGGGGUGACACACUCCCCCCAAGCCUCUGCUCUCCUAUUUUGCUUUAAUUCUCUUUGUAUGCAGAACCAAAAUGUAAACGUCAGCAAACUAGGUUUCAGGCCUGACCUGUAUGUAUAUACCCUGAAUACAAUCAUUGGGAUUUUGUUUUCAAAAGGUGAAAUGACUUAAUUGAAGAUAAGUGUAGUUUUUAAAGAACAUGUAUCAUUAUUUGUAAGUUAACCAUCUGCAUGUCUUCAAGCCGCCUGGCAUUAGCUAAUAAUUUUUAAGAUGAAAAGAAAAAAAACUUUUUACACAUUUUAUUUUUACAAUUUAUUUGCUUACCUAAAUAUCCCAGACAAUAAUGUGAUCCUUUUUAUUACUUCAAAUUUAUUUUUAUUUUCCAUUUUUUAUUUUCCUUAUUUCCUGUGUACAACAUAUAGGCAAUUUAUAACAAAAUGAGAAAAGUAUUGAAGAAAUUUUAAAAUUGAAAUAUAUUUUAUUUGAAAGUUUAUGGACCUUCUAACCGUGAGCCGGAAAAAAUUGUAUAAUCAUAUAAUUUGAGCUGACUUGACGGUUAUGAGAAAUGUAUCAAGAGUUUUAUUUUUUAUGCUUCU